GGCCGCGGGCAGGUCCCGCCGUGGCGGUGUGAGCGGGCGGCGGUGCGAGCGGGCGGCGGUGCGCUGCUCCUCCGGGGUCUGUAGCGAGCCGGCGGGCAAACGUGUGCUCAAAUAUCGUCCCCCUGCUCCGUCCUGACAGUUCCACAAACACACCCCCACACCCAGUAGCCCCCUCCUGAGCUCCGUGGAGGAUGUUCCCCCACACAGACACAGCCCCGUUGAGGUGUAGGUCAGGAGAAGGGUUUUAUUGCCGCCGCUGUUGCCGCUGUGAUAGCGCUUUCUCUCUUGUGUUUACAGCUUCUGUAAGGGAGAGACGCUCAGAGGAAGAACCAGGAUCCCUGGGCUGUAUAAACAAGGAAAGCAGGAGUCCAUCCGAGCAAAGCUGGAAGGAUUUCACCUUGUUGCUGUUUGUUGCGGGAGGUUUGCUGUCCCCCCGCCCCGGGCACUAUCCAGCUGAGGGUUUGUUUCAUUGCUUCCUCCAUAACCGGCCAGAAGAAAAGCGAUUUACGUGUUAGAGGAGAUUUUUGUCGUGGUCUCUGCAAGAAAGAGAGCAGCACCGGUCUUGGAGCGGGAGGGAGAUACGAUCAGCUGAGGUUUUCCCCACCUCCGGCUGAGUUGAGCUGACACCGCUGGCCUGGGGCUGAGUGACUGCACGGCGAGCUGGAAUCACGGGCAGAGCUGCUCAAUUUACCUGCUUGAGGACCCUUCAGACCCUUCUAUUGACGGUAGAGAUUUGUAUCCAAAGGAAAAUCGGAUUAAUAUAAACUAUGCACAGCUUUGCGAGGAUAUCUGGAGACUACUCUGUCUGCAUGGCUAAUCUCGAAAUUGUCUGAAAUAAAUCCUUAGCGCAAGGAAUAGCGAGACACUUUCAAUUAGUUUUUUUUUUUUCCUCGAUGCUUUUUUUUCCAACCCCUUCUGCGAGAAUUUAACACUUCCACUGCAAGGUUUUUACAGGAGAAUGGGACACAUGCUGGAAAACUCACCACGCUUCAUAAAAACCACCGAGGUAACAGUUUCCAUCAUCGUUGUGGUAUGAAAGGUACUCUCUGGAUUGUCUGCUAGUGGCUAAGAUGGAUCAGUCUUUCUCUGUUUUUGUUGGCUAUGUGCUGAAGGAUCCGGAUUUACUGAAAUACUGACGCCUAUAAACUUGCUCCCUCUGUGCUGAAGGCAUUGGAUGUGACAGUGCAGAGAAACAUGUGUUUCACAUUUCUGACUGGUUGUUUUGGUGCAAUCAAUACCUCCACAAGAAACACGGACUUAGGUGGCGAUUAUCAUACCGGGAGGCACAGGGAGUGCUGCUUUUGGGCUGCAGGCGAAGUGAGCACAAAUCAAAGAGUCCACCAUUCCUCUGAAGUGGGGGCUUCUCUUGCCCAAAAACUCCGGGGCGAAGGCAGUGGGCGAUGUUCCCAACGCACCAAAGAGAGCCCGGCCUCGGGGUGCGGAAUGAGCAAUGACCAAAGCACUGUCAGCAGUGGCAGGCAGUCGGAUCGGAUGGGGAUCAGUGAGGCAAGAACGGUUGAAAGAAAGGUGGAUCGCAAAAUUAUUGCCCGAAGGAAUAGCAGGCGAGGCGGAAUGAUGAUAAAGUUAAACUUCUGUUUCAUCUUCUGUCGGGGAUGGUGGGCGUUUCUGUUGCUUCAGCUCCACAUGUUGCAAGCACUGGCACAAGAUGAAGUUGCACCGUACUUCAAGACGGAACCGGGCUUGCCCCAGAUACACCUGGAGGGCAACCGGCUGGUCCUGACGUGCCUGGCCGAAGGCAGCUGGCCCUUGGAAUUCAAGUGGUUGCACAAUGACAGUGAAAUCACCGCCUACUCCAGUGAAUACAAGUACGUGAUCCCCGCUCUGCGGAGGUGGGACGCUGGCUCUUACCAGUGCGUGGUGCGGAACAGGAUGGGCGCUUUGCUGCAGAGGAGAUCUGAAGUUCAAGUGGCAUACAUGGGAAAUUUCCUGGACACGGACCAGAGGAAAACAGUGACUGAAGGACAAGCUGCAGUUCUAAACUUCCUGCACAUACUCAGCUACCCCAGACCACAGGUGACGUGGUUUAGAGACGGGCACAAGAUUAUACCGAGCAGCAGAAUAGCCAUCACACUGGAGAAUCAACUGGUGAUCCUUGCGACAUCAGCAACCGAUGCAGGAAGCUACUAUGUCCAGGCGGUCAAUGAAAAGAAUGGGGAGAACAAGACGAGCCCAUUUAUUCAUCUCAGUGUAGCAAGUGCGACGGACCCGUCUGGCCCCGCGGCUCCCGUCAUCGUGGUCCCUCCCCACAACACCAGCGUGGUCGCCGGGAGCAGCGAAACCACACUGGAGUGUGUGGCCAGCGCAAGACCUCUUGAGAAACUAAGUGUGACUUGGAAGAGAAAUGGAGUAAAAAUAACCAGCGGCAUUAGCAGUUUUGGGAGACGACUCACAAUCGCCAACCCAACCUCUGCGGACGUGGGGAUGUACUUCUGCGAAGCGAACCUGAGAGACAGCACAGAGGAACCAGCAAGAGCAAAAGCCUUCCUUUCUAUCAUGGAACCACCGUAUUUUACGGCUGAGCCCGAGCGCGUGAUUUUGGCCGAAGUGGAGAAAGACGUGGACAUCCUGUGCCAGGCGAUGGGUGUUCCCAUUCCCACCCUGGUCUGGUACAAGGACUCUGUUCCCCUCAGCAAGCUGGAAAACCCCCGCUAUAAAGUCCUGCUGAGCGGUGGGCUGAGGAUCCAAGCGCUGCGUCCUCAGGACGCUGGAAUCUUCCAGUGUUUCGCUAGUAAUAAAGCCGGGGAGAUCCACACCUACACCUACCUGGACGUGACCAACAUUAAACCAGCAUUUAUCCAAGCUCCCGAGGACACCACUGUUACAGAGGGGAUGACCGCAGUGCUGACCUGCGAAGUGUCAGGGGCUCCAAAACCUGCCAUCUCCUGGAAGAAAGGAAACCAGAUCUUAGCCAGCGGCUCCGUUCAGAUUCCUCGCUUCAUUCUUCUUGAAUCUGGAGGGCUCCAGAUAACACCGGUUUUCCUUCAGGAUGCCGGCAAUUAUACUUGCUGUGCAGUCAACUCUGAAGGAGCCCUGAACGCUUUUGUGAUGCUGACGGUGUGGAAUCGCACUUUCAUUGUUCACCCUCCUGAGGACAGCACUGUGAUCAAAGGAACCACAGCCACUCUGCGAUGCGGAGCGACUCAUGAUCCCAGAAUUUCAAUCAGGUAUGUUUGGAAGAAGGACAGUGUUGUCAUAAAUCCAUCCAGCAGUUCCAGGAUCACAGUGGAGAGUGAUGGAACCCUCGUUAUCAGCCAGACGUGGUCAGGUGACAUCGGAGACUAUACCUGUGAAGUGAUUUCUUUUGGAGGAAAUGACUCCAGAAUGGCUCGACUCGAAGUGAUCGAGCUGCCUCAUUCCCCUCAGAAUCUUGUGGCCACUCUCAAUUCCUCCUACAGCCGCAGCGUGAUGCUCUCCUGGGUGCGUCCCUUUGAUGGAAACAGCCCCGUUCUUUACUACAUGGUUGAGCUCUCUGAGAACAAUUCUCCCUGGAAGGUUCACCUCUCCAAUCUUGACCCAAAGAUGACCAGUGUCACUGUGAGCGGACUAACGCCAGCCCGAACCUACCAGUUCAGGGUGUGUGCAGUGAACCAGGUGGGGAAGGGCCAGUACAGCUCUGAAACCAGCAGGUUGAUGCUACCCGAGGAGCCGCCCAGCGCCCCACCUAAAAACAUAGUGGCCAGUGGGCGCACCAAUCAGUCCAUCAUGGUCCAGUGGCAACCUCCUCCUGAGAGCGAACACAACGGGGUUCUUCAUGGCUACAUCCUAAGGUAUCGCCUGGCCGGCCUCCCUGGAGAAUACCAGUAUAAGAACAUCACCAGUGCAGAAAUCAACUACUGCCUAGUGAAAGACCUGAUCAUUUGGACCCAGUAUGAAAUCCAGGUGGCAUCUUACAAUGGAGCUGGGCUGGGAGCAUUCAGCAGACCUGUGACAGAGUACACUUUGCAGGGAGUUCCUACAGCUCCACCGCAGAACGUGCAAGUGGAAGCCGUGAACUCCACAACCAUCCAGUUCUUCUGGAACCCUCCACCCCAGCAGUUCAUCAAUGGUAUUAACCAAGGAUACAAGCUUUUAGCGUGGCCAGCGGAUGCUCCAGAGACUGUGACUGUGGUCACCAUCGCUCCAGAUUUCCAUGGCGUUCAUAGCGGCUGCAUCACCAGCCUGAAGAAAUACACUGCCUACUAUGCAUCGGUUCUGUGUUUCACCACGCCGGGCGACGGGCCGCGCAGCACACCCCAGCUCCUGCGCACCCUGGAAGACAAGCCAGGAGCGGUGGGACACCUGAGUUUCACUGAGAUUCUGGACACAUCUCUCAAGGUCAGCUGGCAAGAACCUGUAGAGAAAAAUGGCAUUAUCACAGGGUACCAGAUCUCCUGGGAGGUGUACGGCAGGAACGAGUCUCGUCUUGCCCGCGCGCUGCCCAACACGACGCUGGAGUACAAGAUCACGGGGCUGUCGUCCCUCACCACCUACACCAUCGAGGUGGCGGCCGUGACCGCCAAAGGGAGCGGCUGGGUCACGUCCUCCACCAUCUCCUCUGGCGUGCCCCCAGAACUUCCAGGUGCUCCAUCCAACCUGGUGAUUUCCAACAUCAGUCCUCGCUCUGCCACGCUCCAGUUCCGCCCUGGCUACGACGGCAAAACCUCCAUCUCCAAGUGGAUAGUGGAAGGCCAGGUUGGUGUACUGGGUGAUGAAGAAGAGUGGGUGAGUCUUCAUGAGGUGGAGAAUGAACCUGAUGCUCAGAUGCUGGAGGUACCAAACCUUACUCCUUACACUCAUUACAGGUUCCGGAUGCGGCAGGUGAACGUGGUGGGUCCCAGCCCGCUGAGCCAGCCCUCCCGUGUCAUCCAGACGCUCCAGGCUCCGCCAGAUGUUGCUCCCGGGAGCGUCACCGUGCGCACGGCCAGCGAGACCAGCCUGUGGCUGCGAUGGGUGCCCCUCCCCGACACGCAGUACAAUGGCAAUCCCGAGUCGGUGGGGUACAGGAUAAAGUUCUGGCGUGUGGAUCUGCCGUCUCUCUCCUUGACGAAGGUGAUUAAUGACCGAUUGGAAAGGGAAUCCACGAUCGAAGAUCUGGAGGAGUGGACAGAGUAUGAGCUGCAGAUCCAGGCUUUCAACGCCAUCGGGGCAGGACCGUGGAGCGAAGUCGUGAGAGGUCGCACGCGGGAGUCGGUUCCCUCUGCUCCUCCUGAGAAUGUCUCUGCUGAAGCCGUGAGUUCAACCCAGAUCCUCCUGACCUGGACCGCAGUCCCCGAGUCCGACCAGAACGGCCUCAUCCUGGGCUACAAGAUACUGUUCAAAGCAAGAGAUUUAGACUCUGAACCAAAGAGCCAAAUGGUACGAGGUAACCACACACAGUCUUGCCUGCUGUCUGGCUUGCGGAAAUACGUGCUCUACGAGAUACAGAUCUUGGCGUUCACUCGUAUCGGAGAUGGAGUGCCCAGCUCUCCUGCAGUUAUAGAAAGAACCAAGGAUGAUACCCCCGGGCCGCCCGUGAGGCUGGUGUUCCCCGAGGUGAGGCUGACAUCCGUACGGAUUGUUUGGCAGCCGCCGGAGGAGCCCAAUGGAAUCAUCCUGGGGUACCAGAUUGCCUACCGCCUGGCCAGCAGCAGCCCUAACAAGUUCACGACGGUGGAGGUUGGCUCGACAGUCAGGCAGUUUACAGCCACAGAUCUCACCCCUGAGUCAGCGUACAUCUUCCGGACGUCUGCCAAGACCAGGCAGGGCUGGGGGGAGCCGCUGGAAGCCACCGUGAUCACAACAGAAAAAAGAGAAAGACCAGCACCUCCCAGGCAGCUGAUGACCCCUCAGAGUGAUGUGUCAUCACGGAGUCUGCUGUUGAAGUGGGUCCCUGGAAGUGAUGGAUCUUCACCAAUACGAUAUUUCACAGUGCAAGUGCGAGAACUGCCAAAUGGAGACUGGCAAACCUACUCCUCUUCCAUCAGCCACGAGGCGACAUCGUGCAUUAUUGAAAGCUUGAACCCAUUCACCUCUUACAAACUGCGAGUGAAAGCAACCAACGACAUCGGGGACAGUGACUUCAGUGCGGAGACGGAGGCGGUGACAACUCUGCAGGACGUUCCAGGAGAACCCCCCAGUUCUGUGUUGGUGACUCCCCACACCACUUCAUCUGUCCUUGUGCAGUGGCAGCCACCCAAAACGGAGAGUCUGAACGGCUUGCUGUUGGGAUACCGCAUCUACUAUCGGGAGCUGGAUUACGACACUGGAUCUGGGAAAGAAUCAAAAACCAUCCAGAACCCCUCAGCUUUAAGAGCAGAGCUCACACCCCAAAGCAGCUUCAAGACAGUGAACAGCAGCUCUGCAUUAACGACGUAUGAAUUAACACAGUUGAAGAAAUACAAGAGAUAUGAGGUGCUAAUGACAGCAUAUAAUGUAAUUGGUGAGAGCCCUACCAGCACACCAGUGGAAGUCUUUGUGGGUGAAGCAGCACCGGCACUGGCCCCGCAGAACAUCCAAGUGAACUCCCUUUCAGCAAGCCAGCUGGAGCUCACCUGGGACCCCCCUCCUGCCGACAGCCAGAAUGGGAACAUCCAAGGCUACAAGAUUUAUUACUGGGAGAGCGACACCCAAAAUGACACGGAGAAGGUGAAGGUCCUUUUCCUCCCGGAGACAACAGUCCGACUCAAAAACCUGACCAGCCACACGCGGUACAUGGUCUGCAUCUCCGCAUUCAACGCGGCCGGGGACGGCCCCAGGAGCAGCCCCUCGCAGGGCAGGACACACCAGGCGGCACCCAGUGCUCCCAGCUUCUUGGCGUUCUCUGAAAUCACUUGCACUACACUCAAUGUGUCAUGGGGCGAGCCAACAGCAGCAAAUGGAGUCCUGCAGGGUUAUCGAGUAGUCUAUGAGCCUUUGGCUCCCGUCCAGGGGGUGAGUAAGGUGGUGACUGUGGAUAUUAAAGGGAACUGGCAACGCUGGUUGAAGGUCCGGGAUCUUACCAAGGGCAUGACCUAUUUAUUCAGAGUGCAAGCCCGAACGAUCGCCUAUGGACCUGAACUGCAAGCCAAUGUCACAGCUGGGCCAGCAGAAGGGUCUCCUGGCUCCCCUCAAGAAAUUCUGGUGACAAAAUCUGCUUCAGGGGUGACGCUACAAUGGACUGAGGGAGAUUCAGGAGAAAAACCCACAACUGGGUACAUUAUAGAGGCACGACCCUCAGACGAAGGACUGUGGGACAUGUUUGUGAAAGACAUCCCACGCAGUGCCACCUCCUACACGGUCGGCCUGGACAAACUCAAGCAGGGUGUGACCUAUGAAUUUCGGGUGGUGGCUGUCAAUGAAUUUGGCUAUGGAGAGCCAAGCAUUCCCUCUGUGGCAGUAUCAGCACAAACAGAAACCCCUUUCUACGAGGAAUGGUGGUUUCUGCUGGUGAUGGCUCUCUCAAGCGUGAUCCUCAUCCUCCUGGUGGUGUUCGCACUGGUUUUGCAUGGCCAGAGCAAGAAGUACAAGAACUGCAGCACAGGUAAAACUAUCUCCAACGUGGAAGAGUCGGUCACCCUGGAUAACGGAGGCUUCACUGCUCUGGAGCUCAACAGCAGACACCUCAACAUCAAGAGCACCUUCUCAAAGAAGAAUGGAACCAGGUCUCCUCCUCGCCCAAGCCCCGGGGGGCUGCACUACUCAGAUGAGGAUAUCUGCAACAAGUACAACGGAGCCGUGCUGACCGAGGGCCUGGGCCUGAACGAGAAGCCCUUAGAGGUGUCAGAGUCAGAGGCCACUGACUCGGAUUACGAAGACGAGUUGCCAAAGCACUCCUUUGUGAACCAUUACAUGAGCGACCCCACGUACUACAACUCAUGGAAGCGGCAGCAGAAAGGGGUGAAGCACCCGGCAUCCUACAGAUACGAGGAGUGUGCCGCCAGCGAGGCAGAACCCUAUUUCCAGACUGUCAUCACGACACAGAGCUCAGGAGGGGUGUACACCCCGACGGGACAGCCCGCGCCCGGCUCCCGGACUCCAGUGACAGGGUUCUCCUCCUUCGUCUGAGACGGGGCUGGGGGACGGAGCCGAAUCGCCGGCGGCACUCGGAGGGACCCGUCGCAGUGACUGUGUGUGCGUGGCCGGUGCGAUGAACUGUGGGUAACUUCUCUAUCAGGGUAGGCAAGGAUGGCAACACAAAUGAGGCUGGGGUUUGGUUUGGUUGGGGUUUUUUUGUUUCUUUGUUCAGUUUUGUUUUGUUUUCUUUUUCUGAAGACAAUCAACUCUAAAAUAUGGAGCUGAACUAGCUGAACCUUUGUUAAAAAAAAAAAAAAAACAAAAAAAGGAAUUCUGAAAAGUGAUGAUUUUAACCACUUGUGAAUAGUAGGGGUUUUUUAACUGCUUUUUGUAACACUGCUUCAGGAAGCAGCUCCCAUGCCCUUCUCUUCCCUCUUUCUUUCUCUCCCUUCCUCCUGUCCCCCCAUUCCCAAACAGGGAGGUGAAUUCCCUAGAUGCAAUGAGUGACUUUGUGAUGUGAUUUGAAGAGAAAACAUAAAACCUCCCAGGCUCCUUUUUCUUCCUUUUUCUCUGCUCUGUUUGCUUGUUUUUAAUUUUUCCCUGUCAUCAAGGUCAAGCAGGAAAACACAGAAAAGGGACAAAUUUUCACGUGAAAAGCAGACACCUCCUCUCUCCUCAUUGCUGCUCCCCAGAUCAGGAGCGCUGGCUGAACAACUUAGGCUCAGACGUGUCACUGUGCCUGCUCUAGGCUCACUACUGGUGUAUCUAUACGGAAUUACUGACCUGCUUUUCUUUCUUGUACAAAUGGGACCUGCUGCAUUCUUUAAAUAUUCCAACUCCAGGGCCUUUAGAAGAAGAGAUGGCUCAAAAGAGCACGGUAGGCGGCAGUGGGUGAAGCAAGUGGGAAGAAUUCAGAUGCAAGGUCACUUUAUUUUUGGUGUGGCUCUAUUCCUCCCUUGUGGACCGCAUGUGCCAUUUGAAUUAGUCAUUUCUUUAAAAGUCAAAGGACGCAACCCAGCAAGCCAGAGGAAUCUUUCAAUUAAGAUUGCAGUGGCAAGCUAGAGAGUCUACUAAUUGACGAGGUUUUUGAUCAUCAAAGUUAUCUUGCCAUGUCAAUAGGAGUUGAGCAUCGUUCCUCGCCCAGACUCUGCAGUGCUGCUUAUUGGUCUGUAAAAAGUACACGGUCGCUGGGUUUCUUUGAUUUUAUUUUUUAGUACAAAGCCACGUCACACAGACUGGGUGAGUUUUGGUGUCCACAGGUGCCUUUUAUUGAUUCUUCAGCUUCAUAUCUGGGAGAAGCAACAAAGUGUCUCCAGAUAAAGCUAACCAGGUUUUUCAAGCAUUGGGGUCAUGAAUUACCUUGUGCAGGUUUACAGGCUUUGUGCACUGGAAGCUCUGUCCUUUGGAAAGAAGAGAGGAGAUUUUCAGUUUAUUUUUCAUCCUUUUGUAUAGCUCCCUUUUUGUUUUCUUCUUUCCUAUCCUUUUCCUGAGUCUGUCAUGUUUAGCAGCAAUUUGUUUACUCGCGAGGAAGUUGUCAGGGGUUUAAAGAAUCCGAGUCCAGCCCUUGGACCUAUGAAUGGUCCUGGAUCACCAGACUUUUUACCACAAGAGUUGGAAAGGCGAAUUUGGAAGUAGGCAAGUUCUUGCCACUCUGGCAUUUGGCAUUUCCCCCUGGGUAGAUGCAGGUUAGCCAGGUGUCCUGCUGCUUGCUAACAUCUCAUCAGGGCACAUGUGGGCACUGUUACUAUUGCAGAUUGUCCCUGUCCUCUCUGGAGGGAUGUGGGACAUCCAUGGCGCUGGGUGAUGGUGUCUUCAAGGCAGGUUGUUGAAACCCAGUGUUGAUUACGGUGGCUGCCUGUUCCUACUCGUGGGGGCUGGUUGGAAGUAGCCUGGUGGCACCUCACCUGAAGAGGGUGAGGUCCAAGGGCAAGCUCAGCCUUGCUGUCACCUUUCAGUGCCUCUUGGACAGGGCACACGACCUCGGAACUGCUUUUGCUCUUCGGCACGGCCUCUGAGCGCUGCUGCUCUUGGUGCAUACGGAUUCUGGAUGGCUUUGGCGCUGGAUUGCUGUUCCUCUCCAAAGGCUCCAGAAUGAAAAACAAAUAAAAUCAAAACCAAAUACUCCAGUGGGUGUGCUUAAGGGCUUUUGAGUUUGGGAUAAUGACCCACAGCUCAUUAGAUGGCAAGGGAAAUGCAGAGACGCGGGCUUGAGCCAAAACCCUGUGAGCCAUCCCCGUCUCUGCACCUGGGUAGGAUGUGUGUGGGAUGGAGAAGGGGCUCCAAAGAGGAUGACGUGGAGUUUACUAAAAAACAAACAAAAACCCCACUGCCUUCUGUGCACUUUGACUGUUCUCUUAAGCCAUAUGGACUUUGCUUUAAUCACUGAACUGACAAAAAUUUGUUUGCAGUCUGAGGGGUUUUUUUGUUUCUUAAACAAGAUCAUCUACGUGACUUUCUGAUCUGUUUUCUUUCUCCUUUGUUAUUUCCUGCAUCAGAUUACAUAUUUUUAAACACCUUGUUUUAUAUACACGUGACAUAGCAAUGCAAAUGCUGUUGGAAUCUUAAUGGCGCUUAUCCAACGUGAGAGGUAGUGCUAUAGGAGGAGCCUUUAAAGGGCCGCCAAGGAUUUAGGGACAUAAACCAGUAGAAAGUAGAACGAACACCAAAGAGUUUGCUCCAAAGGAAAGCAUAGUAUGAGUAGCUCUGUAUCUCCUGAAUAAUGCCAGAUCUGAAUUGGUGUAAGGUGCAGUUACUCCCUGGGGCUGACCUGAUAUCACAUUGAGCAAAAAAAGCAAGGAAACCAUAGGGAAUGAGGGAAAUGGGCUCUGUGGCCACUGCUCCACUGAAGGACAACACGGGGAGCAGCACAAUCCGUACAAAGCAGGGAGAAGAGACUAUUCCUUUUUUUCUCAGAGCCAUCUGCAACUAAAAAGCCUGAGCUUGCUGGGGACCUGCUGGGUUGGCUGCGUGGCCCUUUUCUUCUGGCUGCUGCUGAAAUAAAAGCUCAGGUGUGAUUCCUUUAGGACCUGUUGUUCUGAACAAAGGCAUUUCUGUUCCAUUGUAGUCCACACUGUUGUUGCUCUGGGUUUAGUUUUGUUCAGGUGUUGGCUUUGCUUACACGUUGUUUUAUUUUACUUAGGCAAUUGCAGAGCAUGGAAACUCAGUCUUGCUCAUCACUAAGAUGAGCACAGAACGUGUGUUCUGCUGCCCAGGAUCCUGUAGAACUAUAUGCGUGAUGCCUGUGCCGCCUUGUUACCAUGCUGGACUUGUAAAAUAUAAUUAACGGGUAGGUUUUAUUUACCUCAGAUAUCAGGUAAAUUGUUCUAUCUGGAAGGAAACACUCCAUCAGUUAGCAAGGAAGCUCUCUUUCAAGCUGUAAUCUUUGGGAAUCACAGCCUUGAAAUAUGACUUUUAAACAUUAGUUGUCAUGUUACCCAUCAAAUCCACUUCUGUUUCCAUCUUCCUGUUUAGAAAAAUGAAGGCUUAUAUUUAAAAUGCCUUCUUAGAGUAUUUUUCUGUAGUUUCUGUACUUAUUUAUUUGCAUUCCCAUGUUUCUCCAGUCUCUUGGUGGUUGUUACUAAAAAAUAAAAACAACUUCAUGAAAUGACCAAGGGAGACAUUUCAGGGAAUGCUUUAAUAGCUCAUUUUUCAUGCAAUAGCCAUGGAGACAUCCUAUUUCCUGCAGGAGAAAAAAGGGCCCAAGCCUUUACCCUGCUCCCAGGGCUAAGAUGCCACCAGCCAUCACCACCAGCAAUGCUCCCAGCUCUCCCAACAGCACCGAGCACCAGGUUGUUCCUAUCACAAACCACGUGAGGGAUGGAGCAUUUUAGCCCCCAAAAGUCUGUAUCACAUAUUGGGUGCCCCCCACUGUAACCCACACCCUUGGGUGGAAUAUUCCUGGGGUGUAUUAGAAGGGGGUUGGUUAGUAGGUCGAGAGAGGUUCUCCUGCCCCUCUACUCUGCCCUGGGGAGACCACACCUGGAAUCUUGUGUCCAGUUGUGGCCCCUCAGUUCCAGCAGGACACGGAACUGCUGGAGAGAGUCCAGCGCAGCCACCAAGAUGCUGAAGGGAGUGGAGCAUCUCCCGUGUGAGGAAAGGCUGAGGGAGCUGGGGCUCUGGAGCUGGACAAGAGGAGACUGGGGGGGGACUCAUUCAUGUUUACAGAUAUAUAAAGGGUGAGUGUCAGGAGGAUGGAGCCAGGCUCUUCUCGGUGACAACCAGUGACAGGACAAGGGGUAAUGGGUUCAAACUGGAAUGGAAGAGGUUCCACUUAAAUUUGAGAAGAAGCUUCUUCCCGGUGAGGGUGGCAGAGCCUGGCCCAGGCUGCCCAGGGGGGUUGUGGAGUCUCCUUCUGUGCAGACAUUCCGACCCGCCUGGACACCUUCCUGUGUAACCUCAUCUGGGUGUUCCUGCUCCAUGGGGGGAUUGCACUGGAUGAGCUUGCCAGGUCCUUCCAACCCCUGACAUUCUGGGGUUCUGUGAUUUUCCGUUCCCAUCUCUUAAUGCUCUGAUGUUGGUGCACAACCAGUGCUGCUGGGUGAGAGCGGCAGCGGUGAGAAGGGACAAGAGAGGGCACUGUUUUCCUUUCAACGGUGAUAAUCUCUUUCGCCCCUUCUUGGGGAGGGCAACAAGAAGCCACAGCACAGAGAGCAAAGGGUUUCAUCAUCAUUUACUAAAGGAAUCACACUGCGGCCAGUGAUCCCGCUUGUGGAAGCAGUUGGCCUUACUGAAGAAAAAAGCAAACAAAACACAAACACAAAACACACAACCCAGAGAAAAAGAAACUAAUCCUUUACCCAGAAGGAUUUUUUUUUCCUCUUCAUUUUGAAUGUUAGAGCCAGGGAUGCUCUGCAGAUGGGCCAAGAUCUCAUUUUUCCUGCUUAUACCCAGGUCUCUGCCAGAAGCUGCUGUAGCAAUUGUUUAGAAUAAAUAUCCAAGUCUGUCUUGACAUGCGGAUACAUCUAUUAUCCUUGUCAUUGCUCCCCUCAAGAAAUCCAUUGGGUCAUACAAAGAUUAUCCAGUCUGCUCUCCAAAAAGGGAGGAGAGAUGGCUGUUUAUUCAUAGCGAGCACUAGUGUCUUCUCCCACUUGCUGUUUGCAGACUAAACAGGGGAAUUUAUUUCAGAAAAAUCCUUUUAUAAAAAGAAUUUAUUAGGAAACUUAACAAAACAAAACAAAAAAAACAUUAAAAACAGCACAAAGCACACACUCCACCCAAAAAAAAUAACCUCUGGCAGGGCCAUUAGAAAUCUUGAAGUCCUAGAAACCUGAGACUUUUAAGACUGAAUAUGAUCCCCAAACCCCCUGUCUUUAGUGAUCUGCUUUAUCAAUAGCAGCCAAAAGGGCACAUGCAAUGAGGGGUUAUAUUUGGAGAGGAGAAGCCAUCAUGGAAUAGUCACUAGAUGGGCAAGUCAUACUGCAAACAGCUUCAUUCAACCUGGAGUUCCUGCUAGUUCAAUCACAUUUAUUAGGUUGGUUUUGUGGGGUUUUUCCAGUGUAUGUGGAGUCCAUACAUCGUCGUGGCGUUACUAGAGGUUAAAUGGGAGAGGUAUAGAAUCCUAGUAUCUCUUAGGUUGGAAAAGACCCUUAAGGUCAUCGAGCCCAACCAUAAAUGGUCAAACCAUAAGUUGCUGUGGUGUUUACACAAAGCCACAUGCACGACAAUGUGGUUGUACAGUGUCCAUUGAAACCUCCUCGUGGACAACCACCCUUGAACUAGGAGCACACUCACCCCAAGACUGAACAUUUUGGGCUGGGCAUGGGCCUUAAAUGGCUCUACCUGAUAAGUCAGGUCUUCAGUUCUUUGUAUUUCUGUGUUCUGUUUCUUCUCCCCCACGUCUCCACCCCCAGCCGUCCCAGAUAGAAGUUUGUUGCACUUUGUGAAGGGAUAAAUUUGCCGCUUCCGAUGAUAGAGAGCCACAACAGAUAAGCACACACGUGACACAUGGGACAGGUGAGAUAUGUUUGAACAAGGGGUGAAAUACUGUUGCUACUUGAGAUCCAGGCUCUGACUCAGAAUUUUAUCUUCUCAAAAUUGCCACCUGCCUAUUUUUAGACAGCCCUGGAGCCUCAGGGCUUGGCAGGAAAUUAAUUAUUUUUAUGCUGUUUGAUCACUGUGCACUUUCUUGGACCUUGACUCGCUGGAUAUAGAGGCUGGAAUGAGAUUACAGAGCUUUAUCUUGAAGUUUUUCCCAUUUAUGUCCAGUUCUCCAGACCUGGGAAUGAAUCCUUUCUGCUAAUGUGCUGUGGGGGUGUUCUGCAGGUGGGACACCUGGGAGGUGCCACCUGUGCUCCCCCCUUGAUGUCAUUAAGCUCCUGGGCAGUGCUGGGAUCGGUGGGAGCUCUUGGGUAGCAAAGAGACAUGGUAUUAUGGUGAGUUUGUAGCUGGUCACUUUGCCACUCUUCGGAUGGAGUCCAUCCUCUGAUUUGGUAUCUGCUGUCAGUUUAGGGGUAGGACCACCUUACACAGCUGUGUUUGAGUUCCCCUUUGGUGUACUACAGUUAUCGGAUCGUUGCUUUUACUUCCGUGUCUCCUUGGGGAUUUGCCCUGGAUUUUUUUUCCACACCUCUUGUUAGCCUCACCUUCACCACUCCACUAUUUUAUAUGAGAAAGUUACUUCUUCUUUUGCAAACUUGCUUCUAAUUAAAAGAACCCUUUUUGAAA